GCUCGGAAAGUAAUGCUUGGUGACUUAUUCGCUAGUGAGUAUUGUUCCUCGCAAAUCUCAUAUAGGAUCUACCCUACCUACAUAAUAUGGUCCACAUCUUAUCAUAUCACAACGGACGAGUGUAGAUAUGAAGCGAAGCGAUCAUACCAUGAUAGCUUUGCAGCACCUGUGUGGUUAACGUACACAAACGAAGAGCGUGACGUCAACGUCACAGGUUACACACAUUUUAUAGCCUAUUUGUCGAUUGGUACAUGAGUAGAAGGAAGGCGUGCAUUCAUAAAUACAGUGCGGGUGUAUCGCUGCAACGGACCCCCAAAUCAGAUGGCGACAGAAGACAUUACAGUGGUUCUUGAAAAUGUGGGGGAUUCAAUGGAAGGACCACAUUGGGACCACAGUACGAAUACUCUGUUGUUUGUCAAUAGCUUUGCGCCGAGUGCGCAUCUCUGGAAUUCUGCUACAGGAGAACAUAGACAGGUGAUCUUAAAUAAAGAUUGGAUUGUAGGGGCCGUUGUUACUAGGCAAAAAGGCGGACACGCGCUUGUCGUCGGAAAUAGAUUUGCUACAUUAGAUUUCGAGAGUGGGGAGCUAACGACGUUGGCUGAGGUUGAUCAGAAAAAAUCGAAAAUCGAACAUAUGUAUUUAAACGAUGCCAAAUGUGAUGCACGUGGAAGAUUUUGGUCAGGUACCAUGGUGUUACCGUCGAAGUUAGAGGAAGGCGAACUAGGCCAGGGUACACUGUAUAGCAUCGACAAAGAUCAUAAAGUCAUGUCACAUUUCAAUAACAUUCGUAAGCCCAAUGGCAUUGCAUGGAGUCCGGAGAAUGAUGUCAUGUAUUAUAUUGACUCCCCAACAAGACGAAUAGAUGCAUUUAAUUUUGAUCUGGAAAAAGGAAAACUAAGUAACCGCAGGAACAUCAUCACAUUUCGUGACAAGACAAUAGAGCCAGGCGGCAUGUGCGUGGAUGAGGAAGGAAUGAUCUGGGUUGCUUUGUAUGAUGGCUACACAAUAGCGCGGAUAGACCCAGCUACAGGUAUUCCUAUCCACAUUAUAAAGAUGCCUGUAUCUAGGCCUACAUCGUGCUGCUUUGGUGGCAAGUUCUUAGAUGAGCUCUACGUUACAUCGGCAAGCAGGGGGUUGACCGAGGAGCAACGAGCAAAGGAACCACUCGCAGGAUCUAUCUUUAAAAUAACGGGACUAGGCGUGAAAGGAUUGCAAUCCAAUUCAUUUAGUGGAUGACAUGGGUGCCAUGAGAAACAAUAUUUGCAAUAAUAAAAAAGGCCGUGUUUUGUGGAGUGCCAAUUAUUACAGUUUUCACGAAUUCAUGUAUAACGUAGCAAUUAAAUUAUUCACCGAUAAUCUAAA